UCUAGUAAGUUUUUCUAAUAACAUACGACUCACCUAUGCAAAUUUUAUUAAAUUAUUUUUACUUUUUAGGAGUCUUCAAAUACGUGUACGAUAACUGGCUAAAAGACUAUAAGGAGAUGUUUGUCUUUGCGUGGACUGAUAAGAGGCGCAACUUUGGUAAUCGUACUACAAACAGAGUUGAGAGCCAACAUGCCAACUUAAAGAGAUACGUCGAAGAUAGGAGCUCGCUGGACCGUAUAGUUGGUUGUGUCCGGGAUAUAGUUGAGACACAGUUCGGUGAAAUAAGGAAAACUUUUCGAGAAAGCAUCGAAAAAACAAUGAAACACCACAAACACCCGAUGUUUCAACACCUACUUGGAAAAGUAUCCCACAAAGCCCUUGACUUGUUGCAUGGAGAGGCAAUUAGGAAGCUAGAUGUCUUGGAGCGCUUUAAUUCAUCAUGUGGUUGCCAAAUGUGGCACAGCUGUGGGUUGCCCUGUGCUUGUAGGAUAGAAAAGUACAUGCGUGAAGAGCGUCCGAUUCAACUCGAAGACAUAGACGUCUUCUGGCGGAAACUUAACUUCCAAAGUUGUAAAUUGAUAGACGACUCCCUUGACGUGGUCGAAGAGCUAGAUGUUGUUAGACAACAAUUACAGUCGCACCCCCCAGCUCAGCAAAAAAGCCUGCUUUCAAAGAUUAAAGCGGUGUUGACUCCAACGAAAUCUACCAAGAAACCACCGGUUGUCCAACAAAAUACUCGUGGCCGACCAACAACAAAGCAGGUACAAGAAAGGUUGGACGAGGCCUCUCGUAUAGAUGAAGAAUUGAGGAGAAGCUCCUUCGGUGAUGCAAACACGUGCUUUGAAGGUUCACGACAAAGUAAGUACGAUAAACCUCGCCACAGCUCGUACGUUCCGUCUCAGGCCUCACAACAGUCGGUUAUAAGGUCCCAAAAACCCAAAGCGACCCUAAGCCGUUCAAAGAGUUCUAAGAAGAAAGAGACACGAGAUGAUCACGGUUUUCCUUUAAUCAUUGGGGACGAGUACGUGGGAAUCAUCGAACGGUUUAAGUCUGACAUUCCGCCAGUGAGUGGUGUACGACCACAGAUCUUUUUUUCCUUUACUGUUUGUUGUAUAGGAGGCCGUGCGCGCUAG